AUGUCGAAUUAUCAAGAAAUUGUAAAUUUAAAUAUUGGAGGUACAAGAUUUGCUACAUCAUGGCAUACUUUGACAUGGGUUCCAGAUACUUUCUUUACAGCCCUUCUAAGUGGUCGAAUCCCUACAGUACGGGAUGAGACUGGGGCCAUAUUUAUAGACAGAGAUCCAAACCUUUUUGGCCUUAUUCUCAAUUUUUUGAGGACUAGAGAUAUUGACCUUAACAAUGUUAAUAUAAGAGCAUUGAGACAUGAAUGUGAUUACUUUGGAAUUACUCCACUGAGUAGACGGCUUGCACUUUGUGAUGAAAUGAAUCAUUCCUCAUGUGGUGAUGUAUUAUUCUAUGGAUACCUCCCUCCACCAUUAACUCCCUCACCAAGUAGCAGUGGAAAGAAUAGCAAUAGUGGUUCUAGAAAGAAUCUUACAGCAUCCAAUUCUGAAUUAGCAGCAAGCAGAACACAUUCUAGAAAUUCAUCACUUGAUUUAAGAACUGUAGGGCGUGUUCCUUCACAAGAUCAAUUAAGUCGAUGUGGUCGUGGACAUUCAAGAGCAGCCUCCCUAGGCAAUGCAGAUAGUCAGAAAGGCCUAAAAGUUGAAAAUACAUGGUCAGAAAAUGCGAAAGUCCAAAUAAUAAAAGCGCAUCACAACUGGAUAGCUGUUGCCUACUCACAUUUUGUGACAGGAUACAGAUUAACAGAUUCAUGCGGCUGGUAUGUAGUGUUCCAAUCACCAGUACAAGAAACAACUAUAGAACGCAUAGCAUUAAAUGCCAAAACUGGAGGAGCGACCUCUAGUGGAAGCAAUUCAUCGGGAACUGAUGUGAUGCUUGGUAUCGCGAGUGGACUUUUUGUUCGACUCUGGGCCUUUUCAACUCAUACUGAACCUGUAAGAAGAACACUUAUAGGUACGUUCAAUCUUGGCGUACGCGUAGAACAUUUGUUAUUCGUGGGUCCCCAACUAGUAGCUCUUAGUGGGGCAGGUAGCCGAAGCAAAGCUGGAGUGUGGCACACGAGCACACAACACUGGCAGACUCAGGACGUUGCUCAUCUUACUACAUACGACACUGCGGGAUCCUUCUUGCUAUUGGGAACUGCUACGGGAGCUAUUAAUUAUAUAGAUAUGCAAAAGUUCCCUCUGCGUAUGAAGGACAAUGAUUUAUUAGUAACACAGCUGUAUAAGGACCCCAACCAGGAACCAAUCACAGCUAUAUCCGUUUAUCUGACGCCAAAGACGAGUCUCUGUGGCAAUUGGUUAGAAAUAGCGUAUGGAACGAGAUACGGCUCGGUACGAGUUAUAGUACAACAUCCGGAGACUGUUGGACACGGACCACAGCUGUUCCAGACGUUUACGGUGCAUCAGAGUCCUGUUACUAAGGUAUCUCUAUCAGAGAACUACCUGAUAUCAGUCUGCAGUGAAUACAACCAUGUGAGGUCAUGGCGAGUAACGCGAUUCAGGGGAAUGAUAUCCACCCAGCCCGGUACCACGCCCAAGGCAGCUUUCAAAGUAUUGGCUUUAGAGGCACCUACGGCACAGGCCCAUAAUGACUCUGGACCAUAUGGCGAGCAAGAUGAAGAGCAAAUAUUUAUACAAAAGGUGGUCCCUGAUACAGACACAUUGUACGUGCGGCUCGCUUCCAAUGGGAAAAGAGUAUGCACAAUUCGUUCCGUGGAUGGUUCGCCAGUAUCGUGCUUCGUAGUGGCAGAAUGUGAAGGCGCGUUACGUCCCCGUAGAUUACUACUCUGUGGUCAUAGAUCAGGUGCAACACAGAUGUGGGACCUCACAGCACCAAUAGAUAAAGCCGCCAAACCCUCACAGACUGUCGGAGGAAGUGGUGAAGGCGAAGAGUCUCCAAUAGCCGAUGGGGGUCCAUCCCCUGAUGAAUUAGUUCGUCUUUUGUCAGCAUGUGAUUUAGAUGCUUCCCCCGCACCCCCCACACCCGCUAUUCUCCCCACUUCCCCUAAUAGACCAAUACAAGCACCAUGA